GGGGGGGGGGGAUAAAUUGUUCGAAAAAUCCCGAGCAGUCUUCUUCAGUGAUGGACGGGGUGGCUUUGCUGCCACUCCAAUAUGCAGCGAGGGAAAGGCGGGAGAUCCCAUAUAGAGGGGAUCUUUAUAGCUUCUUCCGCUGUUCUGCACUUUUGCAGUAGCAAGAACUGGGGAUGCAGCACUGAACUAGCUUGGCCUUUCUGGUAAGGGAGCUUCUCUAAAAGAAGGUUCGUCUUUGGUUUCUUAGAGUUAAAGACUUCCAGGAACUCUCCAGAAAAUGACAGAGAGGAAAGUCUUGAUUGUCUAUGCGCACCAGGAGCCCAAGUCUCUGAAUGGGUCUUUAAAAACCAUCGCGGUGGAAGAACUGAGUAAGCAAGGGUGCAGAGUCACUGUUUCUGAUCUAUAUGAAAUGCAAUUUGAGCCAAGGACAACUAGAAAGGAUAUAGUUGGUGAACUGUACCACCCAGAGCAGUUUAAUUAUGGAGUUGAAGCAUGGGAAGCUUGCAAAAAUGGGUCCCUGUCUGAAGAUUUGAUUAAGGAGCAGAGGAAAGUGAAAGAAGCUGAUUUGGUGAUUUUCCAGUUUCCUUUAUAUUGGUUCAGCAUGCCAGCAAUCAUGAAAGGCUGGAUGGACAGAGUCUUAGUCCAAGGAUUUGCUCAUGAUUUCCCCCAGUGUUAUGAUUCUGGUUUGCUCAAGAAUAAACUAGCCUUGCUUUCAUUUACCACUGGAGGAGGCAAAGAGAUGUAUUCGGAUGAAGGGGUCAGUGGUGAUAUACGAUACCUUCUAUGGCCCAUGCAGCAUGGAAUAAUGCACUUCUGCGGCUUCAGUGUCCUUGCCCCUCAGAUCUGCUUUGCCCCCGAGUAUGCCACCGAGGAGGAGAGAGUGCAAAUGCUGGUUUCCUGGGGGGAAAGGCUGAAGACCAUCUGGGAAGAGAAGCCUAUAAACUGUGCUGUUGACGGGUACUUUAAGUAACUGGGUAGAAAUGUUCAUUCUUCUUCUUGGGUUGCCUGUUAGAUUCUCUAUGCUUCUCAUUCUGCUCUGCUGCUCAAAGGUCUGGUCUCAUAUCAUUUUUUAAAAAAACAAACCAGUCACGAGGCUUGCUUUUCCUGACUCGCUCCAUUUCCCCGACUUAGACUAAUAAACUAAAUGAGGAAAAUCAGUUCCUGUGGGUCAGUGGAGGAAAGCAGUGCAGACGUGUGCUGGUGCCCCAUAUAUCUCCGUGUGCCCAAGGCAGGGUACUAAAUGCUGUGGCCACUACCCCACCACCCACACUCUCACAUGCGCACACGCUGCCGCCACUGCCUCCUUUGCGGCAGGAGUAACUGCUGCCACCAGAUGUGCUGCAUGCCAUCCUGCACCUCCCUCCUAGGAGAGACAAGAACAUCUAUAGAGUAUACCCUGUACUCUUUGGGCCUUUUUCGCUUCUGUUCCAACUUCCUUUUCUUGACUAGACAAGGGAGGCAUAGGAGGGCAUGCAUUGAGUCAGGCAGUGGUGGCUAUUGCUCUGUUGAAGAAGGCAAAGAGAACCAUUUUGGAGGGGUUCUUUGGCAAAUGAUGACACAGCCACCACUCGGCAGAGAACUGCUUUGAUGGCAGCAGGCAGCCGAGGGAGACCAGUGAGGUGACAGAAGGCAGAAGGGGCUAUCUUACCCCAUCAGCACCCCAAUCAUUUGGCACUUCCUCCUUGCCUCAAGGAAGGACCAUCCCUGAAGAUUUGGUUCUGCAGUGCUCUCUGGUGGGUGCUUCCACAGCACUAUCCAUCCCUACAGGUUACCCUAAGCUGAUCUGUUGUUGGUCCCCUGACCACCUUCAUGGUGGAAAAAUAUCUGAAUAUGGUCAGGUUAGACUGCUGCUCCCUUAACCCAAGAGAUGAUGUUGGCACCAGAUUGUCUUGCUGCAUUGUUUUUCUUUCUUGGGGAACUUCUUCCUUUCCAGAUUUGGAGCUAAAGUGCUGAAUCGGGGUCAGGAGAGAUUCCUAUUCAGAUUUGUGGGUUGUUGUCAAAGAAAUAUCUCCUUGUGACUGCCAUGCUUCCUUAUGAGCUACAUUUGCACAAGGAAAGUCCUAUGAGCAACUCUUCUCUAGCCAGCAGAGAGUAAAACUUUGGUACCGGAUGCCUGAUCGCUGAUGUGUUGGUUCAGAACUAUACUGCAAGUUGCGAAAUUAAUUGGUGUAUUGGCAUGCAUUGCAUAUGCUCUAGAGCAGAGUUUCUCAACCACCGGUCCGGGGACCGCUGCCGGUCCCCGAAGGGUUGAGCGCCGGUCCCUGACUGGGAGUCAAACCCCCCCCCAACAACUGCAAUCAAGGCACUCACUUCCUCAAUUUUGCACAUGGUACGGAAGAGGAAGAGUAUCACCUUCUUGUCCCUUGCCUCCACGUGCUGCUGUGAUCUUCCUACAGCUAUUUUAUUCCCUAUCUUUACAGCUUCAAACUGUAUGCGGUGUGGAAGGUAUGCCACCUGAAGGGCUGCCACUUGAAGGGCUGCUGGUUCUUGCAUGAUCAUUGUUUGCAGCCAAAGGUUGAUUGAUUGAAACCCAGCUGCCUAUUGUGGUCGAGGCGCCUUGAGAGGGAACGCUGUUUCCCUCUUGCAUCGGUGGGGUGUUGUGGUCCCUCUGCCCCCUGUAACCCCCUGGUCUGCACCGCCGGUGGAGGACGGCGGUCCCCUUUAUUACCUCGCCGGGUGCGGGGGACAAUCUCUGGCCGGGAUCAUGCCGCGGUGAGGGCUAAGCAGAGGAGGGAGGGAGGAGGGCCGCCUUGGCUCACCUCGCAGGUAUGCGCGGGCAGCAUGUGGGACCACGUGAGCUGCGUGGCCCCAAAGGCAGGCUGGUGUGAUUGGCUCCCGCAGGGGAGUUGGGAGGGGGGCACAGAAGUGCACAUUGUGAGAGAGGAUGGGGAACACUUGCUACACUCUGGUGCGCAAGCACAGUGGCGGCAGCUCUUGGACCCAGGCGACCUUCCGAGUGCAGUCCGGUGCACCAUUGCCUCACCCACCCUGAACAGUGCCUCGUCUCCCCAGCGAGGAAAAUGAGGCAUCUACCACUACAACGCCCCACACCCUCCGCCAUCUCAGAAUCACCCCCUUUCUUUUAAUGCCAGGUCUCCACCGCUCUUCUUCACAUUUUCUUUCACCAUUAAAAAAAACCCCAUUCCCAGCACCUGCCAUGUAACAAAUUUAACGAGUUUUGGAGGAGCUGCACGGGUUUCAUUAGGUCCACCUCACAAAGUGCACAUCUAAGAGCAGGAUCCAGAUCAAGUCAGGUGAUCAUGACCAAGCAGCAUUGACACAAAUGAGAGAUGACUAAAUUAAUUUCAGUGGGUGGUCGUGACUAACGUUGUCUGGAUCCUGCCCUGCGACUACACAACUCCUGCUAAAACUCCACCUCCAUCAUGAGAGGGUUAAACUGUAGAUUUCCGGCUCUACUGAGCUUGCCCUGCUCUCCUCUCCUCACCUCCUUUUUGCUUUGCUUGACAUCCAGCCUGAUGAAGCAUUUUGGGGGAUUCAAAAGCUUGCUUGUGCGUUGUUUUCAUUGCCCCCAUGUAGCUUUUGAAUUUUUCUAAUGGCCCAACAUCCCCUCUCCAUUGAGUAAUCACAAGCACCUCCACCCCCACCCCACACAUACUGAAGACAUAUUGGAGACAAAUUUGUUCACCCAGGCAUUUAGAUUCAGGGGUUCUCAACCUUGGGUAUCCAGACGUUGGUGGACUUCUACUCCCAUAAUCCCCAGCCAUAAUGGCCAAAUGCCAUUGUGGUUGGGGGUUAUGGGAGUUUAACUGAGGGACCCAAGGUUGAGAACCCCUAAUAUUCCAUGUUUGCAAAAGAUUCCAAAUUUAAUUAUUUUAAUGCUUAUAUUAUUUUAAUUGUAAACUGCCCAGAGAUGCAAGUUUUGGGCAGUAUAGAAGUCUGAUAGAUAGAUAGAUAGAUAGAUUUGAAACCCCUUUACUAACUGCCGGUCCGGGAAACUGCGCAUGAAGAAUGUAGCGGUCCUUGAAACUCUGCACGAAGAAUUUAGCGGUCCUUGACUCCAAAAAGGUUGAGAAACACUGCUCUAGAGUACCCUGUUAUCUGUGACAAAUCACAGCACUCUUUUUGGCUAGAAGUAUGCUCCAUGGGGACCCAGGACCAGCUACACUUCCCUUGUACAUGCAUUUUGUUUUUUGUAACCUAUAAAUCAGUGGAACUGGAUGGAAAUGGUUGUAGUUAAUUAUUGAAAUGGUGACAAAAUAUCUAAAAGUACUAAAUGAUACCAAAAGGAUUGCAGAAGCCUGAAUUAUGUUGCUAAUUUGCUGAGCUAUAAUACUGGUAAACAUGUGGCAAGAGAGAAUGCAUGAUGCAUUCAUAGCUAAAUACCCUAUACUCACAAAUCUUUCACUGAAACACACACACACCUUUUUGUUCUUCUGUUGCCUUAGAAAUGAGAAUUCUGAGAGAUCCUUAUUUACAAUGCUAGUUUGUAGAAGUGUGUGUGUUUAAAAUACAAAAAAAUAUUUUUUUAAAGGAAAUGUACUUCUGUUAUACACAAAUAUAUCUACAUCUAUUAAUUUUAAAACCUGCUUGGAAGAAAAACUAAUAUACAUCAAAUAAGCAUUACUUAUGAAUAAAUAUUUUUGAGAGCAAUAUUCCUCUUCCAAUAUACAAUGAAUGUUUUCAUGUUGUUGAGGGGGAAAAUCAUGACCUUGUCGCUACUUGCCUGCAUUUUCUUUUGUACUUGUUAACAAACUAUCCACUUGUUUUGUUUUAAUGUAAAUCACCCUGAGCCUUUCUGGAAGGGUUCAAUAAAAAUUGAAUGAAUGAAUGAA